AUGGGAAGAUGCCUGAUGCUCAUUUUAUUGCCUUCAGUUGUAAUACUCAUCACAGCUGACCGUGUGAAUGUGAGGUUGGUUGGUGGUCACAGUCGCUGUGCUGGUAGAGUGGAGGUUCAUCAUAGAGGUCAGUGGGGAACAGUGUGUGAUGAUGACUGGGAUUUGGCUGAUGCUGCAGUGGUGUGUAGAGAACUGGACUGUGGAGAACCUGUAGAUGCUGUUUCUAAUGCACAUUUUGGACCAGGAUCAGGACCAGUCUGGACAAGUCAUGUCAAAUGUUUUGGUUCAGAAUCCACUCUGAAGAACUGUACGUCAGCAGGAUGGGGUAAAGGUUACUGUGACAAAACUAGAGAUGCUGGUGUCAUCUGCUCAGGUAAAAUGCUGGUUGGAGGUUCUCGCUGCUCUGGGAGGUUAGAGAUACUUCAUGAUCAGACGUGGAUGUCAGUGUGUGACGCUGCCUUUGACCAGCAGGAUGCAGAGGUUGUGUGUAGAGAGCUGGACUGUGGGGCUCCUGUACAGGUGCUGGGAGCAGCUGAUUUUGACAAAGGAGACACUCAGAUGUGGACACAAGAGAUUCAGUGUAGAGGAAAUGAGUCUCAGAUUCACAUGUGUCCAACAUCUUCUUUCAGAUUUACAGCCAAAUGCAACUGUUCUCACAAAAACAAUGUUAGACUUUUUGUACUGGUAUACAGAAAAAAUGUAAGGUUAGUUGGUGGACACAGUCUCUGCAGUGGGACAGUGGAGGUUCUUCAUAGAGGUCAGUGGGGAGCAGUGUGUGAUUUUGGCUGGGAUUUGGUUGAUGCUGCAGUGGUGUGUAGAGAACUGGACUGUGGAAAACCUAUAGAUGUUCUGAGUGGUGCUCAAUUUGGACCUGGAUCAAGACCAAUCCUGAUAAAUAAUGCAAUGUGUACUGGAUCUGAGUCCACACUGAAAAAGUGUGGAUCAAUCACAUGCCGUUUAAAUGGUGUGUGUCAUGGUAAGAGUGCUGGAGUCAUCUGUUCAGAUGUCAGGCUGGUUGGAGGUUCUCGCUGCUCUGGGAGGUUAGAGAUGCUUCAUAAUCAGACGUGGAUGUCAGUGUGUGACGCUGCCUUUGACCAGCAGGAUGCAGAGGUUGUGUGUAGAGAGCUGGACUGUGGGGCUCCUGUACAGGUGCUGGGAGCAGCUGCUUUUGGCAAAAAAGACAUUCAGAUGUGGACACAAGAGAUUCAGUGCAGAGGAAAUGAAUCUCAGAUUCACCUCUGUCCAACACCAUCACCUGAAAACAACUGUUCUCAUAACAACAGUGUUGAACUGGUGUGUGCAGACGGUGUGAAUGUGAGAUUGGUUGGUGGUCACAGUCGCUGUGCUGGUAGAGUGGAGGUUCAUCAUAGAGGUCAGUGGGGAACAGUGUGUGAUGCUGGGUGGGAUUUGUCUGAUGCUGCAGUGGUGUGUAGAGAACUGGACUGUGGAGAACCUCUUGAUGCUCUGGGUGAUGCUCAUUUUGGACCAGGAACAGGACCAAUCUUGAUGAAAUAUGCAUAUUGUAUUGGAUCAGAAUCUACACUGAAGAACUGUGGAUCAGCAGAUUCAGUUCUUUAUGACUGUAAUCAUGAUAAAGAUGCUGGUGUCAUCUGCUCAGAUGUCAGGCUGGUUGGAGGUUCUCGCUGCUCUGGGAGGUUAGAGAUACUUCAUAAUCAGACGUGGAUGUCAGUGUGUGAUGCUGCCUUUGACCAGCAGGAUGCAGAGGUUGUGUGUAGAGAGCUGGACUGUGGGGCUCCUGUACAGGUGCUGGGAGCAGCUGCUUUUGACAAAAGAGACACUCAGAUGUGGACACAAGAGAUUCAGUGCAGAGGAAAUGAAUCUCAGAUUCACUUCUGUCCAAUAUCUUCACAGAAGCAAAACUGCUCUCAUCAUGAUGAUGAUCAACAGGGGCUUUUGUGUGCUGGUAAGAAUGUCAUGAAUGUGAGGUUGGUUGGUGGUAAAAGUCGCUGUGCUGGUAGAGUGGAGGUUCUUCAUAGAGGUCAGUGGGGAACAGUGUGUGAUGAUUACUGGGAUUUGGCUGAUGCUGCAGUGGUGUGUAGAGAACUGGACUGUGGAGAACCUGUAGAUGCUCUUGGUGAUGCUCAUUUUGGACAAGGAUCAGGACCAAUCUGGAUGAGUGUUCUGUUAUGUACAGGAACAGAGUCUACACUGAAGAGCUGUGGAUCAGUAGGGUUUAAUAAACCUGUCUGUACUCAUACUAAGGAUGCUGGUGUCAUCUGCUCAGGUUAUAAACACUCCAGACUUGCUGCUGGAUCUCAUCUGUGCUCUGGGAGGUUAGAGAUACUUCAUGAUCAGACGUGGAUGUCAGUGUGUGACACUGCCUUUGACCAGCAGGAUGCAGAGGUUGUGUGUAGAGAGCUGGACUGUGGGGCUCCUGUACAGGUGCUGGGAGCAGCUGAUUUUGACAAAGGAGACAUUCAGAUGUGGACACAAGACAUUCAAUGUAGAGGAAAUGAAUCUCAUAUUUCAUUCUGUUCAGUAUCGUCAUACAAUCACAGCUGCACCAGUGACAGUAAUGUGGGCAUGAUAUGUUCAGGAUACACAAAGGCUAAACUGACAAACAGUUCAGACUCUUGUUCUGGAAGAGUGGAACUGCGGUUGCUCAAUAAGUGGGGCACAGUGUGUGAUGCAUGCUGGGAUAUGAGAGCUGCCAGUGUCCUCUGUAGACAGCUGAAUUGUGGGAUUGCUGUGUCUGUUGUGGGAUCAGACUGGUUUGGAAAAGGAAGUGGUGAAAUCUGGGCUGAUGUGUUUGAUUGUGACGGGAAUGAAACAAAACUCUCAGAAUGUUCCAUCUCUUCAUGGAGUCGAGCUCAAUGUUCACAUAGACGAGAUGUUGGAGUCAUCUGCUCUGAUUCCUCUCUGGCUCUUCAUGAUGGUCUGGUGCGGUUGUCUGGAGAGAGACAGUGUGAGGGGGAGGUGGAAGUUUUCAUCCAUCAGGUCUGGAGGAGAGUUCUGCUGGACUCCUGGAGUCUCACUGAAUCCUCUGUGGUCUGCAGACAGCUGGGCUGUGGCUCUGUGCUGAACUUCUACGGCUCCUCUUCAUCCAGUCCUGAACACAGUCAUGAGUGUGUGACGGGCUUCCAGUGCUCUGGGAGUGAAGCUCAUCUGGGGAACUGCAGCUCUCCACAAACUCUCAACUGCAGCUCCACACAACAGCUGUCAAUCACCUGCCUUGGUGAGAACAACAACAUCUGGGCAGAUUCUUCAGUUGUUCGUCGUGGGUCCAUCAGGCUGGUGGGUUCUGGGGGAGACUGUGCAGGGAGGCUGGAGGUUUUUCACAGCGGCUCAUGGGGGACAGUGUGUGAUGACUCCUGGGAUAUUAAAGAUGCCCAUGUGGUGUGCAGACAGCUGCAGUGUGGAGUGGCCCUCAGUAACCAGCAGGUACCAGCCUGGUUUGGUCCUGGUUCUGGACCCAUAUGGCUGGAUGAGGUGGAGUGUGAGGGGAAUGAGACGUCCCUGUGGAGCUGCUCUUCUCCAGGCUGGGGAAAACAUGACUGUAAACACAAGGAGGAUGUAGGAGUUGUGUGCUCAGAGUUUAAAGAGAUCAGGUUAACUGAGGGCUGUGAAGGGAAUGUGGAGGUUUUCUACAAUGGAUCCUGGGGAAAUUUAUGUUACAACAAGAUGGACAGAGACACAGUGAGUCUGAUCUGUCAAGAGCUGAACUGUGGAAGAUCUGGCAGUGAACCCAAAAAUUCAGUGGGACUGAAGCCUCAUAAUUGGCUGGAUUUUUUAAAAUGUCGACGACAUGACUCCACUUUAUGGCAGUGUCCAUCUUCACCCUGGGGACAGAAUAACUGUAAUAAUGAGGUGGCCAAGAUCACCUGCUCAGAUCAUGUUCCUCUCAGACUGAGUGGAGGGGAGGGCCGGUGCUCUGGGAGGCUGGAGGUGUAUCAUAACACUGUAUGGGGAUCAGUCUGUGAUGAUCAGUGGGACAUCAGCGAUGCUCAGGUGGUCUGCAGGCAGCUGGGUUGUGGAGCAGCACUGAGGGCUGAUGGGAAUUCAGCCUUUGGUGCUGGUGAAGGUGUUGUGUGGAUGAACAAAGUCGAGUGCAGAGGGAAUGAGAUUCACCUGUGGGACUGUCCUCUCUCCCUGAAAAACCACACUGACUGCUCCCACAAAGAGCACGCUGGACUCACCUGUGCAGGUCACAAUUUGUCAGUGUCCACUACUCCUGCCACAGCAACAUCAGCUUCUCCUCCAGUUUCUCCUCCAGUGCGCUCAACAUCAGUCUCUCCUCCACAAACUCCUCCAGCAGCGCCUCUCUCCGUCCCCCCAGUGCUUGUGAUUGUACUGGUAGUUGUGCUCUUACUGCUCUUAGUGCCACUGCUUAUAUUGAUUCAGCAGAACAGAGUGAUGAGGAGAGGUAGGAGAGAUCCAGAGACUGUCAUAUUGUGUCUUAUUCAGUGUGUGAUCAGUCAUCUCUCGCUGACUGGUACACAGGACUUCACAGGACUCGGUCUCAGACUGAGCCAGUUUAUGAGGAAAUUUAUAACAGGGAGUCUCAUCUCUGAAGAUGCUGCUGAGCUUCUCACAGAAGAUAGGGUGAAUGAGAUCACACCAGCAAUAUAUGAGGAUAUCUUCACUGGUGGACUAAUACCAGACUGUGAGACAGAUCACACACCAGAGGGAUAUUAUGAUGUCAUUGCCAGUGGACAAAACUAUGGUACUGAAAAAGUGUGUGUAGUGGACACAACAGAGGAUUAUGAUGAUGUCAUCAUUAAUGGACAGUGCUCUCACAGUGUAACAGGGGGAGAUCAGGAGGAGUAUGAUGAUGCAUGGAGUAUCAAUGAAGAUGUGAGAAACCUGUUAGUGAACACACCAGAGCAUUAUGAUGAUGUCGUCAUUAAUAGACAGGACUCUCAAGGUGUAAAAGAGGAGAAUCAGGAGGAGUAUGAUGAUGUAAAAAAAACAGCAAUGAAGAUGGGAGAAACCUACUGGAAGGAGAUGAUGGGGAGAUGUCUGAUGCUGAUGUUUCUGCUAAAACUCAUCAACGCUGACAGUGUGAAUGUGAGGUUGGUUGGUGGUCACAGUCACUGUGCUGGUACAGUGGAGGUUCUUCAUAGAGGUCAGUGGGGAACAGUGUGUGAUGAUGGCUGGGAUUUGGCUGAUGCUGCAGUGGUGUGUAGAGAACUGGACUGUGGAGAACCUGUAGAUGCUCUGGGUGUUGUUCACUUUGAACCAGGAUCAGGACCAAAGUCAGGCUGGUUGGAGGUUCUCGCUGCUCUGGGAGACCAUGUGAAUGUGAGACUGGUAAAUGGUAGCAGUCGCUGUGCUGGUAGAGUGGAGGUUCAUCAUAGAGGUCAGUGGGGAACAGUGUGUGGUGAUUUCUGGGAUUUGGCUGAUGCUGCAGUGGUGUGUAGAGAACUGGACUGUGGAGAACCUGUAGAUGCUCUGAGUGGUGCUCAUUUUGGAAAUGGAUCAGGACCAAUCUGGAUGGGUACUGUCAUGUGUACUGGAUCAGAGUCCACACUGAAGAACUGUGGGUCAUUAGGAUUUGAUAGACAAAGCUGUGAUCCUGGUGGAGAUGCAGGAGUCAUCUGCUCAGGUGUCAGGCUGGUUGGAGGUUCUCGCUGCUCUGGGAGGUUAGAGAUACUUCAUAAUCAGACGUGGAUGUCAGUGUGUGACGCUGCCUUUGACCAGCAGGAUGCAGAGGUUGUGUGUAGAGAGCUGGACUGUGGGGCUCCUGUACAGGUGCUGGGAGCAGCUGCUUUUGGCAAAGGAGACACUCAGAUGUGGACACAAGAGAUUCAGUGCAGAGGAAAUGAAUCUCAGAUUCAUUUCUGUCCAACAUCACCAUCACAUGAAAACAACUGUUCUCAUGACAAUGGUGUUGGACUGAUGUGUGCAGACAGUGUGAAUGUGAGACUGGUAAAUGGUAGCAGUCGCUGUGCUGGUAGAGUGGAGGUUCAUCAUAGAGGUCAGUGGGGAACAGUGUGUGGUGAUUUCUGGGAUUUGGCUGAUGCUGCAGUGGUGUGUAGAGAACUGGACUGUGGAGAACCUGUAGAUGCUCUGGGUGGUGCUCAUUUUGGACCAGGAUCAGGACCAAUCUGGAUGAAUUUUGCCUUGUGUACUGGAUCAGAGUCCACACUGAAGAACUGUGGGUCAGGAUGGGGUAGACAAGACUGUGGUCCUAGUGGAGAUGCUGGAGUCAUCUGCUCAGGUGUCAGGCUGGUUGGAGGUUCUCGCUGCUCUGGGAGGUUAGAGAUACUUCAUGAUCAGACGUGGAUGUCAGUGUGUGACGCUGCCUUUGACCAGCAGGAUGCAGAGGUUGUGUGUAGAGAGCUGGACUGUGGGGCUCCUGUACAGGUGCUGGGAGCAGCUGCUUUUGGCAAAGGAGACACUCAGAUGUGGACACAAGAGAUUCAGUGCAGAGGAAAUGAAUCUCAGAUUCACCUCUGUCCAACAUCACCAUCACAUAAAAACAACUGUUCACAUGACAGUGAUGUUGGACUUCGCUGUGCUGGUUACACUGAUCUCAGACUGGUAAAUGGUUCAGACUCUUGUUCUGGAAGAGUGGAGCUUCAGUUCCUCAGUAAAUGGGGCACAGUGUGUGAUGCAUGCUGGGAUAUGAGAGCUGCCAGUGUCCUCUGUAGACAGCUGAAUUGUGGGAUUGCUGUGUCUGUUGUGGGAUCAGACUGGUUUGGAGAGGGAAGUGGUGAAAUCUGGGCUGAUGUGUUUGAUUGUGACGGGAAUGAAACAAAACUCUCAGAAUGUUCCAUCUCUUCAUGGAGUCGAGCUGAAUGUUCUCAUAGACGAGAUGUUGGAGUCAUCUGCUCUAAUUCCUCUCUGGCUCUUCAUGAUGGUCUGGUGCGGUUGUCUGGAGAGAGACAGUGUGAGGGGGAGGUGGAAGUUUUCAUCCAUCAGGUCUGGAGGAGAGUUCUGCUGGACUCCUGGAGUCUCACUGAAUCCUCUGUGGUCUGCAGACAGCUGGGCUGUGGCUCUGUGCUGAACUUCUACGGCUCCUCUUCAUCCAGUCCUGAACACAGUCAUGAGUGUGUGACGGGCUUCCAGUGCUCUGGGAGUGAAGCUCAUCUGGGGAACUGCAGCUCUCCACAAACUCUCAACUGCAGCUCCACACAACAGCUGUCAAUCACCUGCCUUGGUCGUGGGUCCAUCAGGCUGGUGGGUUCUGGGGGAGACUGUGCAGGGAGGCUGGAGGUUUUUCACAGCGGCUCAUGGGGGACAGUGUGUGAUGACUCCUGGGAUAUUAAAGAUGCCCAUGUGGUGUGCAGACAGCUGCAGUGUGGAGUGGCCCUCAGUAACCAGCAGGUACCAGCCUGGUUUGGUCCUGGUUCUGGACCCAUAUGGCUGGAUGAGGUGGAGUGUGAGGGGAAUGAGACGUCCCUGUGGAGCUGCUCUUCUCCAGGCUGGGGAAAACAUGACUGUCAACACAAGGAGGAUGUAGGAGUUGUGUGCUCAGAGUUUAAAGAGAUCAGGUUAACUGAGGGCUGUGAAGGGAAUGUGGAGGUUUUCUACAAUGGAUCCUGGGGUAAUGUGUGCUGGAACCAGAUGGACAGAGACACAGCGAGUCUGAUCUGUCAAGAGCUGAACUGUGGAAGAUCUGGCAGUGAACCCAGUAAAUUCAGAGGGACUGAGUCUCAUAAUUGGCUGGAUUAUUUUAAGUGUCGACGACAUGAUUCCACUUUAUGGCAGUGUCCAUCUUCACCCUGGGGACAGAAUGACUGUGAUAAUGAAGUGGCCAAAAUCAUAACUGAUGGUGACAGGUGCCAAGAUCACCUGCUCAGAGACAGUGUUCAAAAAAGGAGGAGCAAUGUGUCUCCUCGGAGUCAUCUCACAUGUUCUACUUCACCAUCUCAUUACCUGAGACAGUGUUCAAAUCAUGUUCCUCUCAGACUGAGUGGAGGGGAGGGCCGGUGCUCUGGGAGGCUGGAGGUGUAUCAUAACGCUGUGUGGGGCUCAGUCUGUGAUGAUCAGUGGGACAUCAGUGAUGCUCAGGUGGUCUGCAGGCAGCUGGGUUGUGGAGCAGCACUGAGGGCUGAUGGGAAUUCAACCUUUGGUGCUGGUGAAGGUGUUGUGUGGAUGAACAAAGUCGAGUGCAGAGGGAAUGAGAUUCACCUGUGGGACUGUCCUCUCUCCCUGAAAAACCACACUGACUGCUCCCACAAAAAGCACGCUGGACUCACCUGUGCAGAUUUGUCAGUGUCCACUACUCCUGACACAACAACAUCAGUUUCUCCUCCAGUGCUCUCAACAUCAGUUACUCUUUCACAAACUACUCCAGCAGGAUUUCCCUCUGUCCCCUCAGUGCUUGUGAUUGUACUGGUAGUUGUGCUCUUACUGCUCUUAGUGCCACUGCUUAUACUGAUUCAGCAGAACAGAGUGAUGAGGAGAGCUCUCUCUAAGAGGAGACACAGGAGGACGACUGAGGCCGUUUAUGAGGAGAUUCAGCACAGACACAAUCACUUCACUCAGAGGGGUGAGACAUGA